UUGUCACACGUGAGCUGCCCCUCAACUGGACCAAGACUCUUUACAACGAGCAUCUUCUUUGCCCCAGAGUUGGGAUCGCCAGGACUCGUCUGCCACUUCGGACCCUCCGCCGCAGCCUGCCAGGUGACCCUACUGCUGAGGAGAUGGUAAAGUCCCCAGUUUCCCUGGACUGGUUUCAGCGGGUACCUCAGCCCAGCAGUCUCGUCUUCCUCAUCCACCUCCUCCUCUUCCUCCAGCCUCGGGAGUCAAACUCAGAGGAGGUCAAGGUGAUUGGCCCUGGGGAGUCCAUCCUGGCGAAUGUCGGGGAAGAGGUGGAGUUCCCGUGCCACCUGUCCCCCUACCGAGAUGCGGAGCACAUGGAGAUCCUCUGGUUCCGGAGCCAGGCCUCCGACGUGGUGCACCUGUACCAGGACCGGCGGGAGCUCCCGGGGCGGCAGAUGGCGCAGUUCCAGAACAGGACCACACUCAUCAAGGACGAGAUCUUGGACGGCGCCGUGAUCCUGCAGCUCCAGGACGUGCUCCCCGCCGACCAGGGCUCUUAUGGGUGCCGCUUCCUCUCCCGCGACGACUCCUUCUCCGGGGAAGCUGUGUGGGAGCUGGAGGUAGCAGGAAUGGGGUCAGACCCUCACAUCUCCCUUGAGGGCUUCAAGAAAGGAGGCAUUCAGCUCAGGUGCAGCUCCAGUGGCUGGUACCCCAAGCCUCAGGCUCAGUGGAGAGGCCACCUGGGACAGUGCCUGCCUCCGGAGUUCGAAGCCAUCACCCAGGACGCCCGAGGCCUGUUCAGUCUGGAGACAUCUGUGGUCGUCCAAGGGGGGGCCCACAGCAACGUGUCCUGCUCCAUCCAGAACCCUGUUCUGCUCCAGAAGAAAGAGUUUGUGGUCCAAAUAGCAG